AUGUCGUCUGCUCAAACCGUCCAAAAGUCGGACUCGGAAUGGAGGGCCGUACUUAGUAAAGAACAGUUCAGAGUGCUACGAAUGAAGGGAACCGAGGCACCCGGAAGUAGUCCUAUUGAGAAGUCGAAGGCGGACGGAAUCUACGGCUGUGCUGGAUGUGGUACUCCUCUUUACAAAUCAACUACGAAAUUCGAUUCCGGUUGUGGUUGGCCUGCUUUCUUUGAUGCCAUUCCUGGAACUGUUACAAGGCACGAAGACAACAGUGGCGGAAUGCAACGCAUUGAAAUAACAUGUACCGCAUGCGGUGGCCAUCUAGGCCAUGUUUUCAAAGGGGAAGGGUUUCCAACGCCGACAGAUGAGCGUCACUUGGAAGAAGUUCCCGUAUCUAAACGCAGGAGAUUCAUGAACAUAUCAGCUGCCGUGGAAGAGCGAAUCAGUCGUGGUGAAUAUGCCAACCUCAUGGCUCAAUUCGGUGACCAUCUGCUUCCGUCGUGGCACCCUUAUACUAGAAUGGCCAACAAGGUGUCUGCUAAGCUGAUUGAAGUCACUGGCCUGAAAGAUGCUUUUAAAUGGGAAGUCCACGUUGUGGAUGCGCCGAUGGUGAAUGCAAUGGUUCUUCCAGGCAAGUAG